AUGACUGCUGCACAAGUACAGGGGUCAGCUUCGGAGACUCCAGUAUCCAACAUUCUUGAACCUGCUUUCUUCUCGAGUCUUCCAAUCUACUAUGUGCAAUCUCAGUGCCAAGCCAACUCCACCUUUUCUAUUUCAGUCCCAGUGGGGUCCACGAAAGUAGAGAAAGAAAUUAGAUGUGUCCAAGCUCAACAUUUAUGGCGCGACAGGUCUUCUGAUAUUAACAAUGAGUUGUAUGCGGGAUACAAGAAGGGAAACUCGGAGAAGAAAAUAAAUGAGAUACUAGCAGGCUAUGAUUUCAUGAAUUCAAAUGUCAGUAAUUAUAAUGUGAUAGUAUGGUACAACUCUACCUACAAGAAUGAAUUCGAAUAAGGGGACAAAGUCCUACUGAAGGUGGGACAAGGGGUGAGGAGGUCGGGCAGGGGCAGGGGCAGCAACAACAAGAGCAACUAUGGUAACUAUUAUUUUCCUGUUCAUUCAAGAUGGCUCAAGGAAAAGGCUUGUCCUACUCAUAUUCUUUGCCUCACUCAUCUAUCUGAUUACGGAAAAUGCCCUAUUAUUGGGGACUCAUUAGCUACAAAUGACUUUGUCUCUUAA